GGGGAAAGGGACAUUCACCCAAUCAGAAGCGGUCUAAAACUUGUCAGAGGAAAAAAAAAAGGGGGUGUCUUUCUGGAUACAGUGUGUGUUUGUGUGUGUCUCAUAGCGUUUUUGAUUCAUUUUGUGGCCCCGGGUUGCGUGGUGCUGGCUGUGCGCGCAGCGGGAGGCGCAUUGUGCGUAUGCAAACUGGACGACAUGGCCAUUGUGCGCGUUUGGGCAUAUAUGGAGGCACCGGUGGCUCGGAGAAUACAGCCCGUCUGAAGUCUCGGGGAGAGUCGCGUUUGUCUCCUGCACUCGACUUUUCUCCACUUUCCAACAAGCGCUCCGCUCCGUCGCUAUGAGCUGCCUGGAUGUGAUGUACCACCAAAGCUAUGGAGCGCACUACCUCCCUGCAGCGGCGUACAAGGCGACGUACUACAACCACCACCAUCAGCAACAACAGAGGAAGCUGAGUGUCUACAGUAAGAUGCAGGAGUGUAUGGAGCAACAGCAGGAGAAUCAAGGACCAGGAAGAGGGAUGCAUCCCUCCAGGGACCAGGGCCUCCGGCACGGUCCUGUACGCGAGCUAGGAGGCCGCAGAUCGAUGUCCAGCUCAGAGCUGAAGGACAGUACCCAACCAGCCGAGGCGGAGUACUUGAGUUCCCGGUGCGUUUUGUUCACGUACUUCCAAGGCGACAUUGGCGAUAUGAUAGAUGAACAUUUCUCCCGAGCUCUCAGCCAGUCCAGCGCCUUCAACAGUGAGACCAAGCCAAUCAGAGUGACUCAGCAGUCGGCUUCAGCCACCGCCGGUGUAUGGAAAGAUGGUGGUUCUCUCUCCGAGGGCCAGAGCGGCUCAGUUUGGAACAGCACCACUUAUCCAUCCCAGACCAGUCCCUGCCUCCCAUCUGUCUCGGCCUCAGUCCACCCAGACUUUUCCCCCAGCCCUGUUUCCUUUAAUCACCCAGACGGAGCUCUGUGGGCCGGACACAUGCUCUCACAGGCCAGCCUCCCUCCUCCGGCCACGCUCCCCGAGAGCUGGACUUACAGCCUGAACACCCAGAGCACGAGCGGCUACACCAACGUCCACGACGUCUACCAUCCUCACCCCCACGCCCAUAUCCACUCCCGGCACCACCACCACCCAAUGCUCCAUUCAUACCCGGCCCACAGCCCAGUGCUGGAUCCCAGGUUCAGUCCUUUGCUGCUUCCGGGUGUUAGGAACCAGAGUCAGCCAGCUGCCAACGCUGGGAGCUCCCCACACAGUGACGGGGUGAAGACGGAGAUGAAUCCUGGCAGCAACAGUCCUGUAACAGCUACGUCUGUCACAUGGACCCCAUCAGCCCUUCAUGGAUCUCUGGAGACAUACGACUCAGCUCUUGAUCAGACCAAAGCAAAGACGUCAGUUUGGUUCUAAUUGCUGAACUGAGAAGAAUCAAUUGACACCAAAAAGGAUCCAUUCUGUGGCUUUAUCAAUGUAUGGCUGCAACACCAGCACUGUAUUGUAACUGUAGAUAGAGAAUGCUAACUGUAGCUUUGACUAUGAGUCCUGCACUGUCCAUACAACUUAUUAUGAGGGUUAACUCAGGCUUUGGACUUGAACUGACAGCGAUCUAAUGCUUUGGCUGCAGGUCAGAGGUCAAGGAUUUCGCAAAAUGGCAAAAAAACACACGACUAGCUUUAAGGAUGGAAGUCCUCCUCUUCACUGUCAGCACAAAAAUAUUUUUGAUGCAACGUGAGACCAAGUGGUUCUGUUUCAAGAGCUUAAUUUUGAUCCACAUGUUCUUUUGUACAGUAUGUUUGUCGAUAACUGUAAAUUUUAUUUUUGUGUACAGUUUUGCCAUGCUACGUUUGCUGGAUGACUUAUGCUAAUUUGUUGCCUGAAUGCUACUUUUUAAAUUUUUGCCUUUUGGGUAAUGUGUAGUGUAAAUAUUGGUAGUGAAAUAAAGUUGUUAAACAUUUAAA